GGUCGAUUUACGUAAACAUUGGUAAACAUGUCGGUAAGGUUAAUUCUUGGAGCCUUCGCGAAUUGAUUUCCUUUCUCGUCGUGAUAGAUCGCGGUGGAACCGCGGCGGUAACGCGAAAGGAACGGAUAAGUGAGCGAUUGCGAACGAGAUAACGCGAUGACAGAUCUGUUCGACCUCGCAAACCUAAUCACGACCGUCGGCGUCGACGGCGUGAAGAUCAAGCAGGAGCCCGGGCUGCCAGAGAAGUCGUCUAACGAGAUCCUGACGGAGCUCUUCAGCACCUUCGACACACCGGACGACGGUGUCCCGUCGCCGUUGAACAGCGACCAGCAGGUGCCGAAUGGCGAUGUCGACAAGACCGCCGCCGAGUCGGACAAGCUUCAAACGAAGAAGAAGAAGCUCAAGAAGAAACAUAAACACAAGGAGAAGAAGCACAAGAAGAAAUCGAAACAUGAUUCCUCGGAUAACGAUAGCGAUGCGGAAGAUGUCAAGAAAAAGAAGAAGCACAAGAAGAAAUCUAAGCGGAGGCGUGACUCUGUAUCCAGCAAGUCAUCUGAUUUGGGUCAUACUAAGGCAAAAGUAGCAAAAAUGGAUGGCGACAGUGACAUUGGAGGCAAAUGUGAUGAAGCAAAAUCCCAGCUUGAUACAUUGGAGAAAAUCAGUACAAAUGAUGAGAAAAAAAUGGAUGAUCUAUACAAAGAAAAAGAUUCAGAUGCGGCUAAACUCCCAGAUAAUUCUGGUAGUCCACAAUUACCACCUAUAUCAAAGAAGGUAGAUGACGAACUUGAUGAGCCUGUAAUACCUAAACUUCUUGAAAGACCAAAGCAGCCUGUUCAAGGAAAAAUAUUGAUAAAGGAUCUUAAGAAUAGUACAGUUUAUAAUGAAACGGUAAAAGAGAUAGAAAAUAAGCAGAAAGCGAAAGCUGCAAAAAUGGAAGAUGGUGAAUUAUCUGACAGCAGUAAUGACAACAGAACACCUACUUUGAGUCCUUCUCCAUCACGAAAUCGGUCAUCGUCGUUCAGUCCAAGUAGAGAUAGAAGAAAAGGCAGAAUGUUUAGUCCAACAAGAGAAUCGAAAACCGAUCUUAGAUUAGUUUUGAAGGAGAAGGAAAGGAAAAGGAGCACAAGAGACAAAGAUAGUCGUUCGCAAGACAGAAGAUCAAGAUCACGAACGCGAUACAGCUCACAUAGUAGUAGAAGUAGUAGACGAGAAAAACAGAGGGGCAGGAGCAGAGAAAGACGCGAUAGGGAUAGGCAUAGUGACAGACGAGACUCUGAUAGAAGCAGAGACAGACACAGAUAUAGAAGUCAUAGUGAAAAUAAAGACAAAUAUACGCGAGGUCGUAGUGCAAGCAAGGAGAGAAAAGAGAGAAUAGAGAUUAACAAGAAAAAGCUUUUAGAAAUUGCAAGGAGAAAUGUUAUAAGCAUGAUAAAGCAAGGAACUCUGUCGGUAGCCCAGCAAGAUAAAGCUAUUGCUGCUAUACAAUCUGGUGGAAAAACAGUGGAUGAACUAACAGAUUUUUGUAAAUCUUUAUCUAAAUCUGAAGCAUUAGGUGAAUUAUCUAGUAUCUCUUCUGAAGAUGAAGAAAGUGAAUCUGAGAAAGGAUUUCAUCAUCCUUUUCUUUUAAAAGAGAGACCUAGUUCCAUUAUAAUGAAUAUUAAGGAUGCAAAACAGCUGCCAACAAAAACCUUUCAAGAGAAAACAGCUGAAACUUCAAAUCAACUACGAUUGCAGUUUCCUGUCUCUAGUGGACAACAUCAUAGAAGAAGUGAAAAUGAAUGGGUACCUGUUACACCUGUUAAGAAACCAGAACCAAAAAAAAUAUUUGUACCAGCUUCUACAAAUCUUUGUACAACUCCACAAUCUAUAAUGCCAUCACCUGUGCCACCUCCUGUACCACAACCUGUACCACAACCUGUGCAACCUGUGCAAACCGUUUUUCCAGCAAUAACUGAGUCUAUGGAUAUUGGCUCCAUUGUAUCUGAAAGAUUAGCAGCUAUAAGAAAGUUAAGGGAAAAUCCAAAUGACAUAAACGCUUUGAAUGCAAUGCAUCGAGCACAAAAUGAGAUGAGAACUUGGGCUGAAAGCAAGCAAAUACCAGGUCAGUUUACUGGUAGUACAGGCGUUAAAGUACUUACACCUGCAGAAUUAUCUUCAGGUUAUCAAGCCUGGGCACGUAAGGAUCAAUUAGUGUCGGCACAGCCUGUAACAGGUGGAAUGGGUAUGGCGUUACUGCAGAAGAUGGGAUGGCGACCCGGUGAGGGUUUAGGUAAGAAUAAAGAAGGAGCUUUGGAACCGUUACAACUAGAGGUUAAAUUGGAUAAGAGAGGACUGAUUUCCGAGCAAGAUAUUUUGCAAAAAGUUGGCAAAGCUGCGAAGCCUACAGCACCAACAAUCAAAACAUUGGAAGGCAAACAUCCAGUGUCACUUUUAGGGGAAUAUUGUACAAAGAAGAAACUUGGAGCACCAGUUUACGAGUUAUGCUUUGAAUCUGGACCAGAUCAUAAAAAAAAUUUUCUCUUUAAAGUGAAGGUAAACGGCAUUGAAUAUAAGCCAAGUGUUGCAAGUUCCAAUAAAAAACAAGCGAAGGCAGAAGCAGCGCAAAUAUGUUUACAGACUUUAGGCUUACUGCCUUCCUAAUUUCGUCCAUUGAUACAAUCGUGACAAGGAACUUAUAGAUUGCUUCAUCACGUCUUCAAUUUUUGAAUUGUUGAAAAAUAAACCAUGUCAUUCAAAUAAUUUGAGUAUCAUGUUAAAAAAGAUGCAUCGAAAAGUCAAUAAGUGACUAAUUUAGUCAAGUUCUUACUAUUAAUUAUUAAAGCUAAUUUAGUGCAAUUGAAUAUAUUCAGUUUAUAAGAUCUGCAAAUUGUAAUAAAAUUUACAAAUGUCACAGUGCAAUGAC